AUCCGACAGGAAUUGGGAUUGGUGUCCAUCAAAAUCCAGACCUAUUGCUUUCAGUGGUUCACCUGUUGUUUCCCUUUGCUGUGUAAAAGGUUCUCUUCUUCUGGCGUGCAAUUUGGUUAUUCCCUAUCGAGAAUCUCCUCUGUCUCGACACCAACCUUGUCUGCACCGCGUCUUAGUAACUCAAACCUAUCUGUGAAGAUCUUGUCUGCUUUCCGCUUGUUUCGAGUGUGCUCUUCUGCCACGCGGUGGAGUCAACACGCUAAUUGGCGGUUGCCUGAGAGCUUCCGAGCUCAAACGAGGAUUGCUGCUCCGAGAUUAGAGAAAUUCCAACGGAAAUUCGCUAGCAUUGCUUCUGAACAUGCCUACAAGGAUAUCUUAACAACGCUUCACAAGCCUGACGUUGGAGAAUAUGGAAAGUUCUAUUCUUUACCAGCUUUAAACGAUCCAAGAAUCGAUAGAUUACCAUACUCUGUCCGGAUACUACUGGAAUCAGCUAUUCGUAAUUGUGACAGCUUUCACAUCACAAAGGAUGAUGUUGAGAAAAUAAUGGAUUGGGAGAAUACAUCUGUUAAUAAAGUUGAGAUCCCCUUCAAACCUUCCCGAGUUAUUCUACAGGACUUUACACGAGUACCAGUUAUAGUUGAUCUUGCUGCUAUGAGAGAUGCCAUAAAAAAUCUUGGUAGUGAUCCUAACAAGAUUAAUCCACGGGUUCCUGUUGAUAUUGUGCUUGAUCACUCAGUCCAAGUUCAUGGUGCAACAAAAGAAAGAGACCUGCGGAAAGGUGUGCAGCUAGAAUCUGACAGGAAUGCCGAAAGGUUUAUGUUCCUAAAGUGGGGAUCAUCAUCCUUUUACAACAUGGUGAUGGCUUCUCCCGGGUCAGGUAUGGUUCAUCAGGUAGACUUGGAGUACCUUGGACGUGUUGUUUUCAACUCGGAUGGAUUUCUCUACCCUGACAGUGUUGUUGGUACAUGUUCCAACACAACAAUGAUUGGUGGUUUAGGAGUUGCUGGGUUGGAAGUAGGAGGAACUGAGGUAGAAGCAGCAAUACUUGGUCAGCCCAUUAGCGUGGUGCUACCUAGUGUGAUUGGAUUUAAGCUGGUUGGAAGGUUGCGGGUUGGGGUUACUAUUACUGAUUUGGUUCCAACCGUGACUAAAAUGUUAAGGAAGCAUGGUGUUUUUGGCACUAUUGUUGAGUUUUAUGGAGAGGGGAUGAGUAGGCUGUCACUGAAUGAUAGAGCCGCGAUUGCAAACAUGUCCGCGGAAUAUGAGGCAACAUUGGGUUUCUCCCCUGUUGACCAUAUUACACUAGAGUACCUCAAAUUGAAGGGAAGAAGCGAUGAAACUGUGACAAUGAUUGAAUCAUACUUGCGCGCAAACAAGAUGUUUGUUGACUACAAUAAGCCCCAUGAAGAAAGAGCAUAUACAUCCUCUCUGCAAUUAGAUUUGAGAGAUGUUGAACCAUGUAUUUCUGGUCCAAAACGGCCUUACGACCAUAGUUUCUUGGGGGACAUGAAGGUUGACUGGAAAGCAUGCCUUGACAAUGCUCUUGGAAUAAAGGGGUUUGCAGUCCCAAAAGAACAACAAGACAUAACUGUGAAGUUCUCAUACCACGGACGACCUGCUGAGCUUAAACAUGGUAGCGUUGUUGUUGCAACCAUUACAAGUGAUUGUGCCAUAUCAAGCCCUAGUGACAUGGUUGGUGCUGCACUUGUUGCUAAAAAGGCUUAUGACCUUGGCCUGGAAGUAAAACCAUGGAUUAGGACAACUGUAACUUCUGUGUCUGGAGUAGUCGAAGAAUGUUUGCUUCAAAGUGGGCUUAAAAAGUACUUAGCGAAACAAGGAUUCAACGUUGUCGGCUAUGGCGUCUGUACAAGCAUUUGGGGUUCUGAUGACUUACUUGAUGAGCCAAUUGGAUCUGCUAUUUCAGAAAAUGAUAUAAUUGCGGCUGCUGUGCUCUCUAGCAGAAGCCUUUAUCGUCGUAAUCCAUUUGCUAGAGCGAAAUAUCUUACUUCACCACAACUAGUUGUUGCUUACGCUCUUUCUGGAACGGUUGACAUUGACUUUGAGAAAGAGCCAAUGGGAACAAACAACGAUGGACAAAAUGUAUACUUAAGGGACAUAUGGCCAAGCAGUGAAGAAGUUACUCAGGCUUUUCAAAAUAGGGAGUUACAAAGCAUGUUCAGGAGGACUUAUGAGACAAUGACAAAGAGAAAUUCUGUGUCACUAAGUUCAGCACUCUAUUCUUGGGAUCCGAACUCAACAUACAUUCAUGAACCUCCUUCUUUCAAGAACCUAACCACAAAGCCACCUGGUCCACGUGAAGUGAAGGAUGCUUAUUGCUUAAUGAACUUUGGAGACAACAUAACCACAGACCACAUUUCCUCAGCAGGAACUAUCCACGAGGGUAGUCCUGCUGCAAAAUUUCUUAUAGACCGGUAUUCCAUGAGUAAGUAUGAUUUCAAGUCAUAUGGAAGUCGUCGAGGAAACCAUGAAGUGAUGACACGCGGCACCUUUUCCAGUACGCGUAUUGUUAACAAGCUCUUAAAUGGAGAAGUUGGCCCCAAGACAAUUCACAUUCCUACCGGAGAGAAACUUAGCGUUUAUGAUGCAGCAAGUAGAUACAAAACCGCUGGACAGGACACGAUCAUACUAGCUGGUGCAGAGUAUGGAAUUGGUAGCUCCCGGGAUUGGGCUGCAAAAGGUCCAAUGCUUCUGGGAGUGAAAGCUAUCAUUGCCAAGAGCUUUAACAGAGUCCACCGCAGUAGCUUGGCUAGUAUAGGGAUCGUUCCUCUGUGUUUCAAAUCCGAUGAGGAUGCAGAAACACUUGAACUGACAGGCCAUGAACGCUACAUAAUCUACCUUCCUAGCAAUGUCAAUGAGAUGAAAACGGGCCAGGACAUAACUGUCACCACUGAUACUGCAAAAUCUUUUAUCUGCACUUUGCGGUUAGACACCGAGUUGAAUCAGGUGGAACUGGCAUACUAUAAUCAUGGCGGCAUGCUUUCGUAUAUCAUUAGAAGUUUGAGCAAUGAACACCCACAGAUAUGGAAUAAAUUACGAAGUCAUAUUUAUGAAAGCUAUUGACUUCUUCGAGAUUCUUCGAGCAAGUGUUGGAGAUCUACGGUUAAGAUUAGACCGCCAUAAAAAGGAAGGUCAAGGUUAAAAAAAAAAGGCUUAUAAAUACAAAACCUUCCUUAAGCUUCAGGUAACGAUCACCUUCAG